CCACACUCCUCCCGGAGAAUGGAAAAGGAGAGAGAGGAGGAGAAGGGUGGAGGAAGGAAAGUAGUGAGUGAGGUGUGUGGUGAGCUGUCAGGACCUGGUGCUGCUGGCGGCGGCGGCGGCGCGCUUUGAUGUCGGCUCGCGGUGCAGGGGCUUCGAGUUGAAUCGUUGUCGGCGGUUAGUGGCGGGCGGGCGGCCGGGCGGCGAGCGCCGGCAACGGGAGGCAGCGGCGUCGACAUUUCUCCUCAGCUCCCGGGGGAGGGGGGGGGAAAGAAAAAGACAUUAUAAAACCCUCUUCCUCCCCUUCAAACCCCCCCCUCUCUCUUCUUCAAGAUCAACGCCGUUCCCGGGAGGGUGUUUUUUCAAAAAAAAAAUCUGGGUCUUUGUUUAAAUUCUAUUUAAUCGAGGAGGGGGAGGGUUUUAUUUUAAAUUUUAAAGAUAUAUAUAUUAUAUAUAUACACGUUAAAGUAAAUCAUGGAAGAGCCGGGGCGGAGGCGGCCGUCGCCGCCGUUUCUACCCGGCCGUCGCGGCGGAUCGUCGUCCUGGAAGAAACUUUGCAACAGAUUCGGCUGGGGCGAGGAGUUGUUGCCCGCCGCGGUACAUGUGUAGGACGGAGGGGGUGGGUGUCAGAGUGAACAGGGAGAAUACAAUACUACCAAUAUUUGUUUUCUGCUUGAAUACUUGACCUUGGGAAGAAUUGGGAUUGUACUGGAUUUGGUGCUGUGUGUGUGGUCGCUACAAAAAUGAAUGCAAGGGGAAAGGCAUAUUUGGCAGACCUAGGGGGAAGCUUCACUGAAGAUGCACCAAGGCCACCUGUCCCGGGUGAAGAAGGUGAGCUGGCAUCCACAGACAGUAGGCAAUUAAAUCACAGUUUCUACCCCAUAAAAAAUGAUGGGCUUAAAAGUGAGGCAUCAACAGCAACCCCACGGAGGCCAGAUUUGGAUUUGGGUUAUGAACCAGAGGGGAGUGCUUCACCAACACCCCCAUACCUGAAAUGGGCAGAGUCGUUACACUCUUUACUGGAUGAUCAGGAUGGAAUAAAUUUAUUCAGGACUUUCUUAAAGCAAGAAGACUGUGUGGACCUUUUGGAUUUUUGGUUUGCAUGCAGUGGAUUCAGGAAACUGGAACCUAAUGAUUCUAAUGAAGAAAAGAGGCUUAAAUUAGCAAAAGCCAUAUACAAGAAAUACAUUCUGGACAAUAAUGGUAUUGUAUCUAGGCAGAUCAAACCUGCCACAAAAAGUUUCAUAAAGGAUUGUGUUAUGAAGCAACAGAUAGACCCUGCUAUGUUUGACCAGGCCCAAACUGAAAUUCAGACAAUGAUGGAGGAGAACACCUACCCUGUAUUCCUGAAGUCUGAUAUUUAUUUGGAAUAUACAAGGACAGGUGGAGAAAGUCCAAAGUUGUUUAGCGAUCAGAGCUCGGGGUCUGGCACAGGAAAAGCACUGUUAGGAUAUUUACCUACUUUGAAUGAGGAUGAGGAAUGGAAAUGUGACCAAGACACAGAUGAACAAAAAGGGAGAGAUUUGGCUACUGUUAACAGACUUACACAGAAGUUGCUCAUGGAUACAGCACCACAACGUGCUGGUCCAACCAGGCGAUUCGACGAGGCUCGGGAAUACAGACAUGGAUCGUGGCGGGAACCCGUCAACCCUUACUACGUGAACACAGGGUAUGCCUUGGCACCAGCAACAAGUGCUAAUGACAGUGAGCAGCAGAGCAUGUCAAGUGAUGCAGAUACCAUGUCACUGACAGACAGUAGUGUAGAUGGAAUUCCACCAUAUAGAAUCCGAAAGCAACAUCGGCGGGAAAUGCAUGAAAGUGCCAAAGCAAAUGGACGAGUGCCACUACCUCACAUUCCUCGCACGUAUCGGAUGCCAAAGGAUAUCCAUGUUGAACCAGAAAAGUUUGCUGCAGCACUCAUUAGUCGGCUGGAGAGUGUACUGCGAGAACGAGAGGCAGAGGAGAAAUUGGAAGAACGGCUUAAGCGUGUGAGAGCGGAGGAAGAAGGAGAGGAUGCAGAUGUUUCAUUAGGUCCCUCUGCUGUUAGCCACAAACUGCCACCUGCCCAGGCUAUGCACCACUUCAACUCUCGUUACUCUGAGAUGGGCUGCAGUGGAUUGCAAAUGCGCGAUGCUCAUGAGGAGAAUCCAGAAUCAAUUCUUGAUGAACAUGUCCAGCGUGUGAUGAAGACUCCUGGUUGCCAGUCUCCAGGACCUGGACGGCAUUCUCCAAAGUCCCGCUCUCCUGAUGGCUUAUCCAGUGGAAAGGCAGCAGGGUUAUCCGGAUCAUUGCUACCUUCAGGUCAUAAACAUGUGUCCAAGACUGGUGUGAAAGUUGAGGCUCCCAAUAUGUACCAUCACAAACAUGUUUACCAUCACAUCCAUCAUCACAAUGGGAUGAAACCAAAAGAACAAAUUGAGGCAGAAGCCACACAAAGGGUCCAGAAUAAUUUCUGGAAUGCUGACUCGCACCACUAUGCAACAAAAUCACGGAAUUAUGCUGAAAGCAUGAGCAUGGUACCGAAUCCAGUGGAGUCUUUGAAUUAUGGGAGUAAAGUCAACACACUGUCAAAACGAAAUACCAAGAAGACUGAGCCAGGAAAAACAGAUACUGGGAACUACGAAACCCCUGCCCCUCCUGAGGACAUGGAGCGGAAUCAGAAGAUACUGCAAUGGAUAAUUGAGGGAGAGAAGGAAAUUCACAGGCAUAAGAAGUCUCCACACAAUUUGAUAGGGGCCAAGAAACAACCUAGUCAUGAUACAUCCAGACCAAGUUCAAUUGAGAGGCCAGGAGCUGUUCAUCCAUGGGUCAGUGCUCAGUUGCGAAAUCCUAUCCAACCAUCACACCCAUUCAUUCAGGAUCCAACCAUGCCACCCAACCCAGCACCUAACCCUCUGACUCAACUGGAAGAGGCACGCAGACGGCUUGAGGAGGAGGAAAAGAAGAGUGGCAAACUACAGUCCAAGCAAAGGUAUGUGCAAGAGGUUAUCCAACGGGGUCGCACUUCUGUCAGGCCUGCAUGUAUUCCAGUGCUGAAUGUGGUACCAGCCGUCUCCGACAUGGAUCUCUCUGAGUCAGAGCAUAAACCACAGAAGAAGUCAGCAAAUGGUGUGUCUCAGCCUGGUGAUAACAUUGUGGUGGCCUACUACUUCUGUGGGGAACCAAUUCCAUACAGAACAUCUGUUAAAGGACGUGUGGUCACAUUAGGACAGUUUAAGGAGCUGUUGACUAAGAAAGGGAAUUACAGGUAUUAUUUCAAGAAAGUGAGCGAUGAAUUUGACUGUGGGGUGGUAUUUGAAGAGGUUCGUGAUGAGGAAGCAAUUCUGCCAAUUUUUGAGGAGAAAAUUAUUGGAAAAGUAGAAAAAAUUGACUAAAUGCAAGCCAGCCAUGAAGAAAAGUUUGUAAUGGUACAAGAGAAGUUUCAGCUGCUUGGAGUAUUUGAAAAUGCAUUGCUGGGGGUCACAGUGGUUAACUGUGGAAAAUGCAUCAACCUGACAUAUUAAGGCUUCCAACUCUCCACAGGGAUAUUUUACAACUGCUCGUUACAGCAGAAAAAAAAUGGUGCUUUCAACACCAAGGUCUGCCAGUGCAGUCCUUUGUAAGGGGAAUGUUUGCAGCAUUAUCUUCUCUUUAUCAGUAUAUUUCAAACACUAAGUGUAAUGUAGCAUUGUAAAAUUGUAUUAGAAAUUGUAAUAUGAAACUGUUUACUAAAGCUGCAUAUUUUUGAUAUAAUGUAAUCUGAGGAAAAUAGCAUUUUUAAUGUAACAGUGCUCUUAUGUUAUUUUAAAACAUACAUACAGGUACUUGAGCUCACCAAAUGUGUACAGCCAUGUAUUAAUAGCUAUUUUGUCCAUAUUUCAAACCAUUGAUAGGUGUUUCUCUACUUAUUGAAUGGAUGAUUAUCACUUCUGGCUUGUCAGUACAAUGCCCAUCAAGAAAGUUUACAUGUCACCUUUGCAAAUACUGCUGUAUAGGCCUUUUUCACAGAGGGAAGAAGUUCUACUGUUUCAUAAGACCCAAUUGGAAUGUGUAUGCCAGGAGGCAAUUGACUGAUAGCAGUCCCCCACUUCCCAUCCCUUACUAAUGUAUUGUAGGUACCUAGCACUUAUGACUUCGGUGCUUUUUAGUUUCUGCACACUUUGGCUUGCAGCUCCAGUCUGGAAAUAAAAACUAAGUCCUAGCUAACUUGUCCUAAAUACUGGCAAUAACUUAAAUGAAUUAAAUUUGUUUUAUUUAUUGGGCUACAGCAUGAAUUAGAAGAGUACUGGUAUUGGUUUUGUUUGCUAACUUGAGCACUGAUUAAAUUGGUUGCAAUAUUUUACACUUCAAAAAUCCCCAAUCUUCACUUCCAACGUGAACCUGGUAUUACACCAGUGCAGUCAACAUUUAAGCUUGCUUUGAAUCACCAGCCAGGUUUUCAAUACCAAGUCCACAACUUGAAAUGUGCAGUGUGGCUCUGCUGCCCCUGUUGCCAUACUGACACGGGUGCUUAUGGUGUUGAAGUUGACCACAUUAGUACAGCGAUUAGUUCAAAAUAUCUAGUCAGUUUCAAAAAUGACACACUGUAUAAGAAAAAAGGCCAUUGUAUUUAAUUUGUUCUUGGUAUACACAAUCACAGUUUUUAAUAUUUGCAAGUGUCUGGAAUAUAUAUGAAAGUCAUUAAACUGGCAACAAACAUCUCUAAAAUAACAUUCAUUCUAAUCAGCUAGACUAUCGCUUCACUAGUGAAGGACUUGAACUGCCCUCAGCCAAAUUUUAUGAUGCUGCUCUUGGGAAUGAAAGGAAAAAUUAGCCAAGCUGUUAAUUCUUGAUGCUUAGUAAUCAUUCUUGUUUUGCAAUGUUUGGUACAUUGCCAAUCACUUUGUUCCCCUAAGUAAACAUGUUAAAAUUCAUUGUUACCCAAUUUUAGUUGUGCAUUAAUGCUGCCUUUUUUAAUUGUCAAUAAAAUUCAUUUCCUGGGACAAACUCCUUCAUGGAGGAAGGAAAGGCCUAUACAGUAAAGGUUAAUGUGAUUUUAUUUGGGAUAUUGAAAAUAGGAAUUUCCAGAGAAGAAUCAUCUUUUCACCUGUCAAGCCUCAUUCUGUGUUGGCUGAUAUAUGACGGAACACCCGGAGGGAGCUAUCCCUGUUUCUACUCUCAAUGGUCAAAAGGGCAUGAAUUUUCAAUUUUAAAACUUCAUAUUGCAAGUUGGGCUUUCACCAUCUAUGCGUAUUUAUAGAUGUAAUCAAAUUGUCAUGCCAUUGUCUCACCCAACCUCCAUUCUGAUGGCAUUGUUCCUCCUCAAUUUAAUUUACUGCCAUUUGGCUGUCUAAAUCUUUAGAAACUGGGUUUAAAACUAAUGAGGGGUGUUUCAAUCUGUUGCACAGAAAUGAUAAUUAGGUAAAUUUUCCCAAAAUCCAGUAAGUCUAAGGAACAGCCUAAAACAUCAUUCUUGUGUUUCUAAAAGGUAUUGUGUAAAUAAAAGUACAUCACAGAGUGCCUUUUAUAUUCAAUGCUGUUACCUGUCUGACGCUAUGUGACCCCCAUGACUGAGGAAUAGCUCUCCUCAUCCAGGGAUUUGCAGUAUGGUUUUCUCCUCCUGCAUUUGGUGUCCAGCGGGAUUUUUAAGUGGCCCUGCAUUCACGGGUUUUGCAUUUCCCUUUUUUCUAAGGGUUUCCAUUGUAAAUAUGUACAUUUUCUAAAGAUGUCUUCAAGUAGCAGCACGUCAGAAGAUUUAGUUACCUGGUUUCAGUCAUCUUUCAGUGUGCUGACUUGUACAAUUAUCUUUUAAAAGGUACUUGGACAAUAAAGAAA